AUUACCGAAGACUAUGAACAUUAUGAAAGUACAUUUGGUGAAUAGAGAAAUGAAGAAUAUUCASAAGGACGAUACACGGCUGUUUAGUUGCAUCAAGCAGAAAAAGAGAGAAAGGGAGCGGCAUAGAGAUCGAUCCUUAUCAACCGACCGGUUGACAACUCGAGGAUAUUCAUCUGAUACAGAUCAGGCUAUCCGUCAUUCUUGUACUUCUGGUACUGAGCAUUAUAGCAGAAUGGAYAUUUUAGCUACCCCACGCAUGUCACGCCAUAAGUUGAAAAACGCCGCUUUGCUGAGAAAYCGCAAAAACAGGGARGCUUCUAAAGAAAGGGAAUCUAUUCAAGAMAAAGACUCAAAGCCUAAAAACCAAACAAUUCAAAUUAAGCUCAAAGACCCGAGAAAAAGUCGAAGUACUGCAGUGAAAAAAGUUGAAACAGAAUUCGACAAAGAAGGGAGUUUAAUUUACGAAGGAAGCAGUGAAUCGUCACUUUGUGAUCUGUCAAAAGAAGCUUCAUGCUCUUCAAAAACAAAAGGGAUGAAAGAUUCCGAGGAAAGUGAACUGGACUUUAAAGAUAACAAAGCAACAGAGAGUGACAUGUCUGUUGACUCUCUAGAAUGCCUYGACAUUGAGCCUUCCAAAUACGAAGCGAAGAAGAGGAAAAGGAAAAAGCCUCCACGAAGUGUGGAGACACUUUCACAAGCGGAUAAAGACAGCAAGCCUUCAAAGGCAUCCAGUGUACCACCGCUUGUCUUCCCCAGUGAUCUUUAUGAUUGGUCAUCUUCUGAGCUWAGUGAUACAAAGUGUCACACAGAGCCACAAAGCGAACCUUCAGAAAACAAAGACUUUAUUUUGGACUCAAACUUGGUAAGGACAAUGAAAGAAUCUGCACAAGAAAUAGUGCAAAAGGUUAUAUCUUCUGCAAUCACGAAAAGUGAAAGAAGAAURCCAAYGGGGACGUURUUSGGACCUAAUUCAGAAARCACUACUGCAGKUUUCUCAAAUGAGUCUGUUAAYGACGAUAACUUAUUUARCAAAGAYAARAACAUUAGUAAAGUGUCAUCAGACAAAACAAUAGAUAUUUCACAUAAAUCAGAUCAUUCGUUUAAAGAUGAACACGUUAGUGAAAGUAUUCCAACUGUUGCCGCUGCUGGCUCGCUCACGACAAAAGAAAAUAUUACCUCGGCAAGUUAUACGGUAUAUACAACACAACCUGUUUUGGUUGGAGCAAUGGAGAAUGCUGAAUGCAGAAACGAGGUCAAACAGAGUCCAACUUGUACACCRAGAUCUACUCAGACAUCCCCUAUUGAAUCUACUUUUAACAAUGAGAAAGAUGUUGUUUCGAGCAAAACGCCUUUGGAAAGAGACUCGGGACCUCAGGUUAAAGACCAAGGGAAAGACAUUGACACCCAAAAGAAUGAUGAUAUUCCAGUAAAACUAUACGACAGUCAUGAUAAUAUCACAAGGCAAAUUAUUCAUUCAGUGUCACGGGCACUUAAUUUGAAYACCAAGCUCGUCACACAAUCAAGUAGUCAUGUUUUAAUUUCACCAGUUACUACACUGUCACGCAGCUGCACUUCACCUGAUGUCGCACGUUCAAGCAGUCAAGCGUUGGUCUCAUCUGCGUCGUCACGAAGUCACGUUUUGGUCACACAAGACUCAUUCAGCCAGGCAUCAGAGCAAUAUUCAAUUCAUAAAGAUCUAAUGUCACGUAGUCCCGCCAUGCUGGAGAAACCAAUUGAGCUUCAAAUCGAGCUUUCAAGCUCAUUGCAGAAGUAUGGUGCUCGGAAUGAUAAAGAGAUCUCUAUAGGAUCACAAAAAGACGUUUUGGGUAAUAGUGUUUUACCUAGCACUACGAUUGAUGACCAGGAUUCAUUGAUAGAAGAAUUUUGYAAGAAACUGCCUUACAGUUCAAAGGAAAUUUCUUACAAGAUCAAUUCAUCAAGYGAUCAAAUGCCUACUAGUGGAUAUUGCUUCUUUAUCAUCGGCCCAGAUGAAAAUGUCCAGCAGAAACUAAGUCCUGACAAAACAGAGAAGAAGGACGUAGCAAUGCACGCGGUGGAAUCCGUACAACGAAGACGAAAGACAAGCCUGUAUCGUCGAUCUCUUUCGCACCAAAAUGAGCGCAAGAAAUGGCAAACGACAGCUGACGUGAUUACAAAAGUUCACCAUCGAUCGCUUUCUGCGGACGCAAAGUCCAAAGCUGUUAGAGCAAGCAAAUGUGCAUCGUGUCCUGUUUUGUCUGAGGAGGAUAUUGUCCUUGAAGGAUUGGAAAGCCACCACCAAGAUGUGUGUAACUCGCUGUCUCAGCGUACUUGGAUUGCUCUUCGCGUUCACGAGCUGUGGAAGGCCAAUAAGMACGAAGAAGCACUCAAGACAUGUAUGGAGCUAACUGGAGUAAAAAAAGCCGAGAAAAGUAACGCCAGUGAGUCGCUCUCAGGAUCUUCAACAGCUCUCGAUUUAAUUGGAAAUAAAGAUAUCGUGCUGUUUCUCAACAUUUUACAGCAACUACCGAUUGCCGGGGCUGCUUGGACACUUGACAUGUGCGAUCUGAUUCUUCCYGAGUUGAAAUUGUUUAUAUCAACUCGGAUACAUACAAGCCACGUCGAAAUGACUUGCAGCAUUCUACAGGUGAUAGUAAAAAAGGUCAGUGGAGCAGUACUCAAGGCUCAGUCAGCAAACAAGAAAAAUUCGCUCAUCGCUGGGAAAUGCGUCAAUCAUUUACAAGACAUCAGAGAGAGAGCUAGCAAGGUUCUAAUGGCUCGGCGUCCAAGGAUGUACUGUACUGUGACAACAGAGGAUCCCAUCGCUUUGAAACCUGUUUUAAGAGAGCUUUUGACUGUCAUUCAAACUCUUUUGAGUGUAUACACAGAAUGAUUGAUUUAUAAAUGUGUUGAUCUUUGAUAUUUCUAAAUAAAACCAGAAAAAUGCA